AUGAAGAUCGUCUCAAUAAUUGGGUUUCUCUGCUUGGGCGCCGCUUGGGCCAAAUUCCAAAUGCGAGUGGAAAGGCGUCAAUUUUCCCAGCCGCCUAUAGAGCCACAAGAAAGAUUUGCUCUUCGACGUUUCCAGCUAACCAGGUGGGUAACAUGAGCAAUAAAAAGCAAUAUGAUUUCCAUAUGACAGCCAAGCACAACACCAACAUGUGGCGGAUUUUCGUGAUUUCGCUUAUUUUGGGAAUAUUACAGUUGGAACACCUCCUCAGACGUUUUUAGUUGUUUUAGAUACGGGUGAGAUUUUUUACCUGGAAAAAAUUGAAAUGAGGACGUUUAGGAAGUGCGAACGUUUGGGUGCCAGACGCCAGCUGUGGGAAGCAUGAGUUGUGAGAUUUUUUCCGAAUAUUGUUGAAAAUCCAAAAUAAAAAUAAAAUCAAAAUUUAUCGUUUGAAACGGACUAUUUAUGAUAGUCGUGAAUGGACUAUGAUUAUUAUUCUACGCCAUUUUUGCUAUUUAUCAAAUUUACGAGGUUUAAGCUUUCUUUUUCGAAAGCACGACGUUUUUUAAAUAUUUUUCCGUAAAGUGUAGUGUGUAGUGUGCAUGCACUGCGGCGCCCUCGCACAUGCCGUGUUCAAAAUAAAUUCCGCGAAAUUCAAAAAUCCUCUCUAAAUUUCGGAAUUUAAGUAAUACUUUUCAAUUUCUGACGCUUUUUUUGACUUAUCAUUUUGAGCAGGUUUUUGACGCUAAAUUUUUUUUUUCAGAUUUUCGGCCUGUUCUAGGAAAAAACGCUACAACUCUGCGAUUUCCACGACUUAUGCGCAAGAUGGGCGAAAAUUCCGAAUUAAUUAUGGUACUGGAAGCGCUUCCGGCUAUUUCGGCAACGAUACGUUGUGUGUGGGUUUUUUUUCUUUUCGAGGCAUUUUCAAGUUUCGAGAAGGGAGAGAUAAGCUCAAUUUAUCGAAUUUUCAUCAAAAAAUGUGCUCUUCUUAAAGUUUCAAACUUUUAUUUGGCCUUGUGCUUCAAAUUUCGCCAAAAAUUUUGAUUAAAAAAUGAUUUAUCUACAGUUUUCCGACACAACCUUGUGCGUUCCGAGCCAAACUUUCGGGCAGGCGACGAAUUUGGCUCCUUUUUUCGCUAGACAAGACAUUGAUGGUGGGUUUUAUCCACUUUUUGAGUGAAAAAUACGAUUUUCAGGAAUUCUCGGGCUUGGAUUUACUGAAUUGGCCGUCAAUAGAGCACCACCUCCGUUUAUUAAUGCCGUAAACCAGGUUUGAAAAAACUUGAAUCUCAUAAAUUUGAGCUUUUUAAAGUUAACAUCAUUGAAUCUGACCAUAUUUUCAGAAAAACGUUUUUUAUUCGAAUGUUGUGAAGUUGCGGAAACUUCAGAACUUUCCGAAGUGAAAAAAAGCAACUUUGAAAAAAAUGGCCAUCAAACUUUUUUGGAUUGGUUAUACUUGUAAAAUUCCAAUAUUCUCAUCAGAACUCUUGAAAAAAACAAUGACAAAAAAAGUUUGCGGUAAAAGGAUUCGAACCCUGAACAUAAAAUCCGCAGGCUAAAGCGCUAGCCACUGCACCACGCUCCUAGCUGCCACGCAGUGGUUGGUGGCGCGGCCAGAUUCCUUCCAAACGGCGUCUCAUGGCUAAGGAUAGAAACUUUGAAAAAUCAUAUCUCCAAAACUAGAAUUUUGCGCAGAUGGUGACUAUGUGGGAUCGAUCCCCAGUUCAUCAAAAAAUUUUUGAGCAAAUUUAUAGAAAGUUCUGACUUUCUUUAUAUGUGAAUAAAGUUGGUCGGACAAUAUUCGUUCUAGUUUUCUGAAUACGGCGUUCUUUUUGACGACGCCCCUCCCACAAUUUCCGUAAUAUUUGACGUCUUUGGUGCACACACAGAACGACGAAAACUCGCAUACUUAUUAAAUUCGAAAAAUAAUUUUUUUCUUCAAAAAAAUAGCGUUUUUUUAAAAACUAUAAACGUGAAAAAUUGAUCCUUUCACGAUUCCUUUUCUAGUUGACAAAAAAACAUUUGGGCGAAAGUUUUUUUCUUAUUUUUUUGAACACUUUUAUUCCUUUUCACCCUCCAAAUUAGUUAAAGUCCUUUUUUUUCAGAGAAAAACGUGGAAUUUUUUUCGAUAGAGCGCAGAAACCUCACAAAAAAAGCCGCGCUUUUUAAAAAUUAUGAUACUUAAGGGCCUGGUAGACGAGCCAAUCUUCACCGUCUACCUAGAACACCACGGCCUUCGACGCUACCCAACCGGCGGCGUUUUCACUUACGGAGGCCAGGAUGAAGAAAAUUGUGGUCCUGUUGUCACCUGGGUACCAUUGACGAAAGCUUCCUACUGGCAAUUUCAUCUUCAGGGGUCCUUUUUAUAUGAUUCUCUUUGAUCAUGUCUGAAAAACAUGAAAUAUUACGCUUUUUUUUGAGAAAUUAUCCGUAGAGCGCACUUGCUUCUUGUUUUUCAUUUUCGCAUUUUUUCCAGAAUAGGAAUCAAAUCAGCAGAUGAGCAUAAUCAAGGCUGGGAGGUCAUUUCUGAUACAGGAACGUCAUUUAUCGGCGGUCCUUCAUCAAUUAUUCAAUCAUUGGCUAGAGUUAGCUGAAUAUUUUUUUAAGAAAUCGAGAAGGUAAAAUUCAGAAAUACGGAGCUUCUUACGACUUUUCAACGGACUCUUACGUCGUCCCAUGCGCCAAAAUCAAUGAAAUGCCGACGAUAAAGAUGCUGAUCAAUGGGGAAACUCUCGAGUUUCAUCCCUCGAAUAUUAUUGCCAGGGUUCGUCGAAAAUUCUGGAUAGAGGCGAAAUAGAGCUUGAGGAAAGGCUGAAAAUUGUUUGAUUCAAGUAAAAAUAAUAUUGAAAGAAGGAAAAUGGCAGAAGAAAUCGCGCUCCGUUGAUAAUCAAAAAAAAGAAACGGCUGAUUUGACUCGGACAUUGGUAACGCGAAACGGACGUGCUCCGGGCGCUUCUGGCGAUUCUAGGGAUCAUUUAAGAGUGCUGAGGCUACUAAAGUGGUCACUAGAAAUUCCCCGACACGUCCGAUUCGCGUCCCGUUCGCGUUACCAAGGUCCGAGGAAUUCAAAAAUUUAAUUUUAUCAGUUAUUGGAUUUGAAAGCUCGGUAACGGAAACUGGAAGUUUUUAAGAUACUCUAGGGGUCAUUUGAGGGUGCUGACGCCACUAAAGUGGCCACUAGAAGUUCUCAGAAACGUCCGGUUUGCGUUACAUCGGACCUACCGGACUUUUCUGUACAACUCUAAAGGUCACUUAAGAGUACUAAGACCGCUAAAGUGGUCACUAGAAAUGCCCCGACACUCCCAAUUCAAGUCCGGUUUGCAUUAUCUCGAUCUUCGGUAACGCAAACCAGACGUGCUCCAGAAAUUUCUGAGCGAUUCUAGGGAUCACUUAAGAGUUCUGACGCUACUAAAGUGGGCACUAGAGUUCUCAAAGACGUUCGGUUUGCUUUACCUCGGACCUCAGCAACGACAACCGGACAUUGAUGAGCAGUUCUAGGGAUCACUUAAGAGUACUAAGACCGCUAAAGUGGUCACUAGAAAGGCCCCGUCACGUCCGAUUCGCCUCCGGUUUGAGCUACCUUGGAACUAGGUAAUGCAAAUCAGACGUGCUCCAGAAAUUUCUGAGCGAUUCUAGGGAUCACUUAAGAGUUCUGACGCUACUAAAGUGGGCACUAGAGUUCUCAAAGACGUUCGGUUUGCUUUACCUCGGACCUCAGCAACGACAACCGGACAUUGAUGAGCAGUUCUAGGGAUCACUUAAGAGUACUAAGACCGCUAAAGUGGUCACUAGAAAGGCCCCGUCACGUCCGAUUCGCCUCCGGUUUGAGCUACCUUGGAACUAGGUAAUGCAAAUCAGACGUGCUCCAGAAGUUUCUGAGAAGUUCUAGGGAUCACUUAAAAGUUUUGACGCUACUAAAGUGGUCACUAGAAAUGCCCCGACACCUCUGAUUGCGCUACCAAGGUCAGAGUUGAUUCAAGUUAGCGAUAGAGCGCAUUUUUACACUUUUUUUGGCUGAAUUAUUCAUGGUUUUUAUGCCUUCUUCUCAGUCUCCCUCGGACAUUGGUAACGGGAAACGGACGUGCUCCGGACGUUUCUGGGCAAUUCUAGGGAUCACUUAAGAGCGCUGAGGCCACUAAAGUAGUCACUAGAAAUUUCCCGACAAAUCCGAUUCGCGUCCCGUUCGCGUUACCAAGGUCCGAGCCGUCAUUGGAUUUGAAAAUAAUUUUUAUUCAAAUUAGCAACAGAGCGCGUUUGUACCGAUUUUUUUGACUAAAUUAUUCCUGACUUCUGUGAAAGCCAUAUCCGAAAUUUCUUACAGAGUUCCUACGAGGAAUGCGACCUAACCCUGUUCGACCUCUACUCGCCGGCCUUCAGUCCCACUUGGAUUCUUGGGGACCCGUUUAUCCGUCAAUAUUGCAAUAUUCACGAUGUCGGGAAUAAGCGUCUCGGCUUGGCCUUGUCUAAACAGAAAUGA